AUGACACACCCAAGUCAAUUGCACCAAAAAGUCGCAUUAAUUCCAAAAUAUGAUUUUAAAGGUGAUUUCAAAAAUGAUGAAAACAAUAAUAGAAACAACAAACAACAAACACUACAAAAAAUUAAAGCAAAAGUGAGUACAGUAUACACUAGAAAAAGAAACCAAAA